AUGGAAAUCGUUUCAUGGCGGAGGAGAUAUUUGAGGACAAUACGCCAAUAUCGAGAGGAAGGUCGGYUUAUUUAUUACUUGGACGAAACUUGGGUCAAUGCUGGUGACGUUCAAUACAAAGUUUGGUGCRAUAAACCGGUUCAAUCAGCUAGAGAUGCGACUUCGAAGGGCCUUACAACCGGUGCAGUAAAACCAAGUGGUAAGGGGAAACGUCUUAUCGUUUGUCAUAUAGGUUCCGAAGACGGAUACGUCCCUGACAGUUUGUUGUGCWUUGAGUCAAAAAAAAACACUCAAGAUUAUCAUGAUGAAAUGAAUGGUGAAUGUUUUCGUGAAUGGAUGGAAAGUGUUUUGCCUAGACUCAAAGACAAUGCGGUGAUUGUUAUGGAUGACGCUCAUUAUCACUCCGUAAGACAGGACAAGGCACCAACUACAAAUUCUAGGAAAGCCGAUAUUGUCGCAUGGCUCGAGAGCAAAGGGGAGAUUAUAGAUCCUUCUAUGGUUAUUCGAGAGCUUAUUCCAAUUGUCAAUACACUGAAGCCAAUUUACAACAAAUAUGUUAUUGAUGAAAUAGUCAAGACACACAAUAAAUGUCUUCAUGAUGUCAACCGGUUAUUAAUCGAAGGCAUCCAAAGAGUGGAUUCUGACAUGUGGAAAAAUUUUGUUAAACAUGUAGUUGGCGAAAAAGACAAGUUAUGGAACAUGGACUUCGUCGUUGAUGUGUUGAUGGCUGAACGAGAACCAUGUGUUUUAACUGUGGCUAUCGAUGACUCGGACUCAGAUAACAACGUCAGACCUCUUUCAGACGAGUAA